AUGACAGCACCGUCAAAACAACUUCCAACCGAAAUUUACGGGCAAAUUUUUCAAAGCUUCAUACCGAAAAAUGGUAUUUUCUCAACGCGAGAUCUCCACUCAAUAAUAUUAGUUAAUCGUCAAUGGUGCAGUGCAGGAAUUCCAUUACUAUGGAGCCAACCAUUUAACGCACGUCAUUCGAUAAAGAAACAAACGAAAAUAAUUGACGUCUAUCUGUCAUUCAUGCCGAAACGAGAACGUCGCGAGAUUUUCUCGUUUUCGAAAAAUAUUUCAAUGAUAUUUAAGCAACUUUGGUCGACAAAUAAAUUAUCCUCGAAUAAAUUGAUACAUGUUUUCGAUUAUCCGCAUUUUGCAAAGGAGCUUGAUGUUGAUGGGCUCUGCGAGAUUGUGUUGUGUUGGUGCUUUUUAAAGUGCCGAGCGGACAGAGCGUGGAAUGUCGUCGUGGCAAUUAUUAACUUGUUUUACCGGCAUAAUGCGAUGUUUGAAAGAGUGUCGGGGCCGUUUAAUUUCAAUAUGGCGAACCAGUUUUUGAAGAUUUUUUAUGUGGCGCCUGGAUUACGGGAAUGGAUCUCGUCGGUUCAAGAUUGUCGGCUGAUUUGCGAAGAGAGAAUUGAUCAUUGUAAUCAGCUAUCGCUUGCAGAUUUAUCUUGUAAUCUGAAAUAUUUAGAGCUUGAUCUGACAAACACAAACACAUAUUGUGACGACAUAAACACCGCAAUAAUUUAUAGGACAUUAUUCCGAAUCAAAGGACUAUUUCGAUUCAAAUUAAAAGGAUGCGUUGGGCACAUUGAAACAAUAAUCGACGGUUUAAAAUCAAGUGCAGAUACACUACAAGAACUAGAAUUCAUACGAAUCAAUUUCCAAUGGACAUCAACGUUAAAUUCACUCGCUCAACUAACAAAUCUUCGACUUGUCACGUUUAUCGAGUGUCGAUGUCUGAGCAAGCGGUUGCUGAAACCAUUGUUUUCUG